AUGGACUUAGGCCACCUAGGCCACCUCACUGACCCUUCUUCGUCGUGUACGGCAGGUCCUCGUCACAGGAGAAGCCGUCAUCAUGAUAAUUGCGCCGUAACGCACACGGUGGGCGCCCACUCCCCUGUCGACAUCGGCGCAGCCAUCCUGUAUUACGACGGAUGGGACCAGAUCUUGUUGGAAAAAUUGGAAUUUCCAUUCGACAUCAUGCAGCCCCUUGCCCUAGCUUUGCUCAGGCUGUUUGUCCUAUUCUUCUACCGGCGACUUUUCGUGGGACGAAUCUUUGACAUCGCCAGCUGGACACUGAUUGGCGUUGUAAUCGCCUGGGGCGUCACAUUUGUGAUUGCGCUGAUGAAAACGUGUGGGGCGAGCAUCACGGCCAAUUUCGGCACUCUAAACGACCUCAUGACCAGUUGUGGUCAUAGCUUUGCCGUUCUGAUUGCGCUGUCGGCAUCAGACGUGGCCGUCGAUCUCAUCGUCUUAACCAUUCCACUGCCGCUGGUUCUGUCUCUCCACCUCAACUUGCACAAGCGCAUUGGGAUUAUAGUGGUGCUGCUUGUAGGGUCAAUGGCGACGGCGUGUGGCAUCGCGCGCAUGUCACUAUUCGCCAGGAUUCUCGGACCCAAAUUGCUCUCCACUCAAACCGUAGGCGGCGUAUCCUCAACCGAUGACAUUGGCAUUGUCAGCAUCCUCAUGUUCUGUGGGAUGCUCGAAACCGGGGUGGCGAUCGUGGCGAUCUGCCUCCCCAUCCUGUACCGGAUCGUGCGCGACGUCUCUCACAGUGCUCGGCUGCACAACCUGCUCACGUUCCGACAGCUGCGAGGGUCGAAAAACGACGAUAGCUCGUCUCUACAGGGUGCCAAGGUGGGUCCAGAGGCAGGUUCCACACCUCGCAGAUUCCGCGGAGUUGGUUCCCUCCUGAAGUGUGGUGGUUGGUGGGAAGAAAAGUCGCACGGAGAGGGCAACGGACCUGGAAAGAAACCUAAGGGGAUGGCAAGUGAUAGCAGCGCAGAGAUGAAAUUAUCUUUGAGUUUGAUAAGAGAGCGAGGGACUGAGGAGCCGCAGUCUGGGAACGAGUCCACCGUCGCUCUCCCGAAGUUGAUGCAUCGCGUCGUCACGGCUGAUGUGGUGCUCAAUGCGCAGCAGCAUUCACCGAGGAGCCAGAUCUGGGAGAUGAAAGAGAUUCAACGUACGGUUGAGGUGGUCUGA